GACGGCUCCCUCAUAAGAAAUGAUGUAACGAUUGCGAGAAUUGUUGCGCAGAGCCUUGGAUUACCGGAGUUUACCGGAUCUACUUGUUUUGAGAUCGCUAAGAUUGAUGAGGUGUUGACUUUAUGUGAAAAGGUGGUUGACGGGUUUCUGGUAGACGAGGAGGUGCUGUCUGCGGUGCAAUUCAGUAAAUCUGGAACACUUUUUGAAAAACGUGUAACUGUUGGUGACGUUGCCCUGUGGAGUCUUAUAAUCAAAAAUCCCCAGUUACAAGAGAAGUUUUCUGCAUUGUUCAACGCUAUUGUUGAAGAUCAACGAUUUAUCGCGGCCCAUAUGAUGGUUGGAAAGUUCACCAAUGCGAAAAUCUCAAAGCCUUUAUCGAAAGAGAAACAGCGGGACGAGGGAAAAUUCGUUGAGUUGCCGGGUGCUGAGAAAGGAAAAGUGGUGGUGCGAUUUCCUCCUGAGGCUAGCGGAUAUCUGCAUAUUGGACACGCCAAAGCCGCUCUAUUGAAUCAGUAUUACCAACAAACUUUCGAGGGCCAGCUGAUAAUGCGAUUCGAUGACACGAAUCCUGCCAAAGAGAACGCUCAUUUUGAGAAGGUUAGUUUUACUCAAAGGGUUACCUCUGUACAUAUGUGUAUAGAAAGCUCUUAA